CCGUGCGCCGCCUGACGCACAGCGGCCCGCACAGUCCACAGAGCCAGUCGGCCGGUGUUCUCCUCUCUCACGCGUCAGGGUAAGAGGACACGCACAUCAUGGAGACCAUCACAGGUAGAAUAAGAGUCGUCUCGUAAAGGGUCCGGACAUCGCAGGUUUGGAAUUACCUCCUUCUGACUUUUUCUUUUUUGUAAUUCAUUUUUCUUUUUGCAUCGACCACUGUCGAAAAUGUCUGGUUUCGGUGUUUGGAUUAUCGCAAUCUGGAUUUUACUUUUUGCCACUUUGGAUGUGGCUCUCUCGAACUACUCCGAGGACCAGUGCAGCUGGAUGGGCAGUGGUCUGUCCCAGCAGCAGGGCAGCGUGGAGCAGAUCUCCCUCCACUGCUCUGAGGGCACUCUGGACUGGCUCUAUCCCAAAGGAGCCCUGCGCCUCAGCCUGUCCCCCCGCCUGCCCUCUGUGGCGGUGGGCCCCGGCGGCAGCAGCUCGGGCCUCAUCACGGCCUGCGUCAAGCCCUCGGAGCAGUUCCAUGGCGCCCAGCUCUACCUGGAGAGGGACGGCGUCCUGGAGCUGCUGAUCGGGGACCGCCUGGAGUCCUCGCCGCCGCCGAGGGUUCGGUGCUUCAGCCGCUUGCCCGGGGAGAGGGUGGCGCUGUUCCUGCAGGCUACGCCACACCAGGACAUCAGCAGGAGGAUCGCCUCCUUCCGUUACGAGCUGCGAGGGGACUGGACCGCCCGCCUGUCACUGGACUCCAUCACCAUCAGCAGCGAAGAAGCCUGCAGACCCUGCAACAACACAGAGAUCCUGAUGGCCGUUUGCACCAGUGACUUUGUGGUGCGAGGUAACAUCCGAGCCGUGCAAGAAGAUGAAAACCUACGGGCAGCGUUGAUCAAGGUCAGCGCCACUCGCGUGUUCCGUCAGAAGUACGCCCUGUUUACCGGCAACAGUCGCCUGACCAGCAAAGGUGAGAUCAGGACUCUGUUGCAGUGUGGCGUCAAACCGGGACCCGGCAGCUUCCUUUUCACCGGUCGGGUCCACUUUGGGGAAGCCUGGUUGGGCUGCGCCCCCCGGUACAAGGACUUCCAGCGGGCGUACACUAUAGCCAAAGCAGCCCAGCAGAUACCAUGUGAACUGCCAGUAGACUGAGUUUACUCCGCAGUAGCUUGUUUAUCGCACAGAAUCGAGGCUGGACCCAAAGCCAGGCCAAACUCAGCCCUGUUCCACGCUUCAGAAGAAGCCACGGCGCGCGGCACUAUGUCGACGUUGCCAUGGUGCCACCGACGGAAACGGAAAUUCCCAAAGGACUGAGGAGUGAAAUGGGACUUUUCCAAACACCAUUUGAGUGCAAUACGCAGUGACCUGGUCCAAAAGACCCGGUGGAGUUGUGACAUGAGGGACAUGGUGGAAAUGGUUCAGAGUAAAGAUUUCCAUUUGGGGGGAAAAUAAGUCAAGCCAUUAAUUCAGGCCUAUUCAGACUCAAUGCUUGGAAACUCAGGAACAUUUAUGAAAAGUUUCACAGAAAGCUCACUGCCGUUAGGUUGAUAUCCUGGUGAGGAGACACUCCAGGCAGGUGUUGAUGUGGUAAAAGAUCUCAAAAUCUUUCAAAAUUUUAAACGCAGCAGUCUUUUGUUGAGUCUGUUGUUCAGUAAACGUCCAACCAUGGGACGGUGUGAUGUUUAAUUUGAUACCCCUUUAAUGGGGUUAUUCUCAGUGUUACUAUUAAUAAGGAGAUUAUUAAAAAAAAAAAGUUAUUAAAAGUCCUCACAAAAGGAAAUGUAAAAAAAUAUAUAUUUGCACUGAUUAAGGAAAGGGAAUGAUCUGGAAAGUGUGAUGCUGCAAGCACUGAAAAACCAAAUAAAAAAGCAACUAUAUGUAGCAUAGUGGAGCAAUCUAAUAUAUGUACAGACUGUGUGAGCACACACAGUGUUAACACAAAGCUACGGCUACCUGAGCAGGUUUCACAGCUCGAUGUUGUGCUCAAAGCACUUUCAUGUUUCAGCCAACUCAGAGAUUUUGUUUCUGAAAGGAGAUGCAGGCUCUUUUUUCUUCUUUUUGCUUUGCAAGAUAUUUUUAAUAUUACUUCAGCGGCAAGCAAAUUUUCUUCAAAAUUUCAACAAGUUGAACUGUGUUUGGGUUCAGACUGAAUUAUUUAAAAAUGUGUUGGUUGCAGUAGUCUUCCCAAAGCAGGUGCACGUUUAGUUCACUGCUCUCUCCUGAUGUGGUCAUACAUCGCUGGAAAUCAUAACUGGGAAGAUGUUUUAUAUAUUUUUUAAAAGAAGUCUGGUGUUAUGUGCUAGAAUGGUGUUUAGAUGAGAUGGAGAAAUAUACAUAAAACAUCUAAUGUCUACUAUCUACUGUGCACUAUAUCAACCAUAGGAAGGGGUUCAUACCAAAUUACUAUGAUGUGCUGAAGAGCUAUGUCUUAAAUGCAUACACUGCCAUUUUGCUGUUUGUUAGAUUUUAUUCCUGUGAAUUUAUGUUAAUAUCAAUGUCAAUGUAAAUAUGUUAAUAAGAAAAUUCUAGAAACAAUGGCAUGAAAAAUGCCGGUGGAAAAAAACAACUUUGUCUGAGUACUGUGGAUUAUUUUUAUGUUUGUCUGUGUUAUUAAAAAUAUACUGUAAGAAUACA